AUGGGUUCUUUUGAAUUUAUGUCGAUAUUCAUUAUGGUCCUACUUUUCCCACCAUCUCAUCCCAAAGCCAAAUGUGUCGCUUCAGAUUCGGCUGGUGAGGCGGCUGGUCUUUUGAAAUGGAAAGCCAGUUUUCAAAACCAGAACAAUAGCUUGCUAGCCUCGUGGAACCUCCAAUCCAUCAGCAGCAAGAAUUCUUCCAACCAACCAUGCACUUGGGCUGGCAUUUCAUGCAUUAAUGGAAGUGUCAGCAAGUUGAAUCUCUCAGAAUACAGCAUAAAAGGUAGCCUUUAUGACUUCCCAUUUUCAACCCUCCCAAAUCUUGAAUAUCUUAAUCUUCGCAAGAAUCAGAUCUUUGGCAACAUACCUCGUGAAAUAGGUAACCUGACCAAGCUCAUUCAUCUUGAUUUCUCAGUUAAUGAGUUGUCAGAACAAAUCCCACCUGAAAUUUGUAACUUGAGAAAUUUAACUCAUUUAGAUCUCGAUAGUAAUCAACUUUCAGGUCCAAUUCCAUCAGGAAUAGGAACUCUGCAUAAUUUGAUUAAACUUUUUCUGGAGGACAACAAUUUAACAGGUCCAAUUCCAUCCACUUUUGGCAACCUCACCAAGCUAGUGAAGUUAUAUCUUUUCCAAAAUCACCUAUAUGGUCCCAUUCCCCAAGCGAUGGGACAUUUGAUCUCACUCCAGUUUCUUAUGUUGUAUCAAAAUAAUCUUACCAGUGCAAUUCCAAAGUCACUGGGUAAUUUGACCAAUUUAACUCAUCUGUAUCUCUAUGAGAAUCAACUUUCAAGUCCAAUUCCAAAAGAUUUGGGUGGUCUCAAAUUCCUUACCAAAAUGGAAGUAGGUGAGAACCAACUUAAUGGUUCUAUUCCUGUUUCAAUUGGUAAUUUGAGUAACUUAAAUGAAUUGCAUCUCCGAGAGAACCAAUUUUCUGGUACAAUUCCAGAAGAGCUUGGAAACCUGAAAAAGUUGGUAGUUUUGGAUUUGGAUCAAAAUCGGUUUUCUGGUCCAUUGCCAGAUCUACUAUGUCAAAAUGGAACCCUCCAAAUUAUUACUGUAUCUGAGAACAUGCUUACAGGUCCAAUCCCUAGAUGCUUGAAAAAUUGCUCAAGCUUAAUUAGGGCCCGCUUCAAUGGGAACCAUUUCUAUGGUAACUUGUCGGAAAUGUUUGGCAUCUAUCCUUUCCUGGAUUUCAUAGAUCUGCGGGACAACGAAUUCUAUGGGGAACUCUCUAGCAACUGGGGAAAAUGCAAAAUCUUGACGGCCCUGAUGGUUGGAAAGAACAACAUCACAGGUGGUAUACCUCCAGAAAUUGGAACUUUAACUAAAUUACAAGCGCUUGAUCUUUCUUCAAAUUAUUUAUCUGGGGAGAUACCAAGAGGAGUUGGGAAGUUGGCUUCUAUGCUUAAUCUAUAUUUGCAUGACAACCAACUCACUGGCAGUAUGCCUCAGGAGUUGGGAAUGCUAACAAAACUUCUUUAUGUAGACCUGUCCACAAACUCCUUUAAUGGACCUAUUCCAGAACAUUUGGGAGAUUUGAGGAGAGAUACCAUCUGA